AUUUUGUAAGGCUGAAAGAGCCUAUCAUGGCCGCGCCCUUGGACAGAUUUUCCCUGUCGCCAGCUAGUGUCGGGCCUGCGAUACGCAAGUUUAUGUUAUUGGUAUAGCCCCUACACUUAGAGAUUAGUAGUAGUUUAUCGCCCUUGGACGUGUAACGUUUUUGUUUUGUAUGCAAACGCUAGUAUACUUUGAGACUGUAUUCUCAGUAUUUUCUAAGAAGUGAAGGCUUCAAAUUCCAUGGACAUGAUGGUGGAGCUGCAGGAAAAGUGGUAAAUGAGUACACCAUUGCUUUGUGAGGAGUUGUAAGCCAAGAUCGGAGUGUGUCUUGAGCCAUGUUGGGUCGAGUAGCCCUGGCAGUUGUGGUAACUGCUGUAAUUGCUUGGCAGCUGGGAGUCUACAAUUGGGAGGACAUGUCUGCUCUGGUCAGUCAGAAACUGAAUAAAGUCUUGGGGCAUUCAUUAGAACCAGGCCGGCACAGGACAUCUGGAGGGAAAGAGGGCAUACCUCCAUCACGCGCAAAACAGCCCCUGAGACUACUCAGCAAGGAGGAAUUGGCCCAGUACGACGGCAAUGAGGGGAGCAAGGGUCUGUACCUGGCUGUUUUCGGCCAAGUGUUUGACGUAAAGAAGGGGGCCCGGCACUACGGACCUGGGGGCGGGUAUGAGUUCUUUGCUGGACGGGACGCGACAAGGGCUUACGUUACGGGGGAGUUCAACGAGGAAGGGCUAAAAGAUGAUGUUGAGGGACUCAGCCCACAGCAGAUGUUAGAGGUGGAGACGUGGGUUGAUUUUUACAAGAAGGAAUACACACCAGUUGGUAAACUGGUCGGCAGGUAUUACGAUGCCACCGGGGCUCCGACGGACGCACUGAAGAAAGCCCUGCUUGUGGUAGAGGUAGGAAAAAAAGAAAAAGACAAAGAGGCUGAGCUGAACAGACGGUAUCCCCCUUGUAACUCCUCCUGGAAUCAGAAGGAAGGUACCAAAAUAUGGUGCUCAGAUAAGAGCGGCGGAGUGGUGCGGGAGUGGACGGGUGUGCCCAGACGGUACUUCAUCCCCGGCUCAAACAACUGGCGCUGUGUCUGCGUUCAUGACCGAGACCUUAACAACCCCCACAUGAAGCCGUUUGAUGGCUGUGGUCCGAGAGACGUCGCUUGCAAUGUGGAUAAAAAGUAGUGGGUUCAGUGGAAGUGGGGGGGGGUAAGCUAAGCUUCUGGUUGAUGCCGGCAGGGGGGUAUUUUAACAGUCAACUCCCGUUACACCAAAAUUGUGUGGUUCACCUGCCUGUGAUUCAGACUUGAAAUAACUGUCCAGGCUUCAAGGUCUCACAAGUUCAUGAUGCACAUGUAAAGCCUGGUAUUGUUGCAUAAAUAUGCCAUCUUGCAUUGGCGUAAGUCUGAUUACCGAUGGCUGGGCUGCAGUACUAGUGAGGCUGGAGUCGGGGGCACAGACAAGCUUGACUUUUUUCCUCUGAAUAACCGAAAAAGACUCUCUGGGGAGGUUUGCUUUAACACUGGGUGCAUUGGGUUAUUUUGAAAAUGUAGGUGAAGUACAGAAAGUUACUCUGGUCAACUUCGUAACUUUCCUUUAAGGAAUGCAGUUAUACAUUUUUAAUGUAGCAUACUUGUUUGUUUCUAGGAAAUGAACAUUCUUUUGGCUUUCAUAAGUAAUUUUAUAUCACAGCAUUGUAUUUGAAUAACUGAAACAGUACUAUCAGAUUAUAUUUGUAUAUUUGGGUACAUGAAGCAAGGUUUAUAUAAUUAUUAAGGAUUAUUCUGAUUGUUUAAAAUCAGUUAAGUGAAAACAUUCAGAUGCAAAUCAUAUCCACUUUGUUACAAGAAUCACUCAUUAACUAUCAUGCUGAUCACAAUUGUCACAAUCGGGUUUGAACUUAACACGUAAGCUAGCUUGGCACGGUUGCAGAAUUAAGGUUUUAAAAGUGAAAUAAAUAUUCAGUGUUUAUCGUAAUCUC